AUGAUGAUACACAAAGAUGAUGACACUGAAAGAAAGAAUACUUCAAUAGAUCAGCAGGGUAAAAUUGAUGAAGUUAGAAAUGCUAAUAGAUUCAGUGUAUUGGAAGAAUAUGGACAAACAUCUGCACAGGGAGGGGAUGACAGGGUAUACAGUAAGAUUGACUGGGCCUUUGGGAACUUUGAAUGGAUCAAGGACUAUGGGCAUGUGGAAGCUGAUUGCCUAGAACUUGGGGUGUUAGAUCUCUCACCUAUAGUGGUCCAAAUAUGGAGAAGAAAGAAUAUAUAUCCUAAGCCAUUCAAGUUGUAUAAGGUAACAAUGGAACACAAGGAGUUUCAAUCUAUGGUGGAUAAAGUAUGGAAGCAGAAGCUGGGAAAUGACCCUACGGAUAACAUAUGGCAGAAGUUACAACAGCUAAAAACUAUGACUAAAGGAUUAAACAGGGAGAUGACAAGCUAUGAGAAAAGAUUGAGUCAAAUAAGACAACAGCUGGAGUAUACUCAGAUUAAUUUAAAGUUUGAUCCCUUUAAUCAGGAUCUGAUUGAGAAGGAAAAGCAGACCUUUCAGGAACUAGAAAAAUGGAGUAUAAUAGAAGAAAGAGUUUUGAGACAGAAGGCAAGAGUCAACUGGAUAGACUAUGGGGAUUCAAACUCAAAAUAUUUAUAUGCACAGCUGAAGAUCAGAGCAAGUAAGAACUCAAUUACUACUGUGUAUAAUGAUGUGGGAGCUAGAGUCACAUAA